GCGAGCGGUGGAGGGGGCCCGUCCCGAGCAGCAGGCCGGCCGGGAGGUGCAGCUGGGUGGGCCGAACGGCGCGUCGCGCGUUUUUGUUUUGCGCGUGACAGUGCUGGCGUUGCACUGGGGGUGGAAAGUUUCCGGCUUUCCACCGGGAUAAGCUCGCCACAGAGCUGGGAGGAGGAGCGCCUAGCGCCCAGCACCAGGCAGAGAGGAGGGUGCGGGAUCUUUGCUGUCCAGGGUCAAACUGGUGUCAGCUUGAGGGUCCAUCUGCAGACUGUUGCUGGAUGAAGCUGUCCCCCUCUCUCACCCUCCCUGACUUCUGCCGCUUUCUUUGUUUUGGUGGCACAGUGAUGCGUGUGUGCUGGCUGGUGGGGAAAGAGAAAUGCAGUCAGCGAAUAAAACUGCCACACUUGGAAGCAGUGGUAAUUGGGCGUGGCCCAGAGACUGGGAUAACGGAUAAGAAGUGUUCAAGGCAACAAGUUCAGUUAAAAGCAGACUGUAACAAGGGGUAUGUCACAGUUAAGCAGAUAGGAGUCAACCCAACUAGUGUUGAUCUUGUGAAUAUUGGCAAGGAUGAAGAGGUAAAAAUGAAGCCAGGCCAAGUUCUGCAUAUUGUGAAUAAACUUUACCCCUAUAUGGUGCAAUUUGCUGAAGAGCCAGGGAAAACUGUUAAAGAAGCAGAAGAGAAAAUACAAACCAACAAGACUCCAUGUGAGGACUCCUGCGAGAAUGAUGAUGUAGAGCUUAUGCCCAGAAAAAGAAUGAAGGUGGAGGUGGUGGAUACACAAGGCAGUUCUGCAAAUCCCAAGCUAAGUGAUAGCAGUGUAUGUCCACAUGAAGGGACUUCAAGCAAAAAGGAACAUUUGGGACACUGGAGUCAGGGUCUAAAGAGCUCCAUGCGAGAUCCAAAAAUGCAGGUUUACAAAGAUGAAAAGACUGUAGUCAUCAAGGAUAAAUAUCCCAAAGCAUGUUACCACUGGCUUGUCUUACCAUGGGACCCCAUUUCAAGCCUGAAGUCAGUCACCAGAGACCAUCUUGAACUCCUGGAACAUAUGCAUGCUGUUGGGCAAAAAAUGAUACAACAGUGCCCUGCCAGAGAGAGUCUGGAGUUCAGACUGGGUUACCAUGCUAUCCCCAGUAUGAGUCAGCUACAUUUGCAUGUAAUCAGCCAAGAUUUUGAUUCUCCGGCCCUGAAAACCAAAAAGCACUGGAACUCUUUUACUACAGACUACUUCUUAAACUCCCAAGAUGUGAUAGAGAUGGUAAGAAGCAAGGGAAAAGUGAUGGUGAAAGAUCAUGUCUCUGAACUUCUCAAAUUGCCCCUCAGGUGCCAUCGUUGCAAAAAACAGCUGUCCACUAUCCCACAGUUAAAGGAACAUCUUGGGAAACAUUCGCCAAAAUGACUUUGCAAAAAAUCAUCUUACAACCUGUCUUCAGAUUUCAGGCUAAAACAAAGACCUCGAAAUGUUAGUGGACACGUAUGUUUUUUGUUAACUGGAAUGACAAAUGUAAUGUGGGAAAAAGUAGCCUGGAAACAGCAGCAUAUUAACUUUGUAAUAACUUAGACAAACCCCCGCCCCUGACAUAAAAUAAAGUGACUUCUGAAAUGGAA